GACUCCCUCCCCCGGGCUGCUGGGGCUCAUUAGAGAGUCUGCCCGAGGCGCCCGUUGGCGCAUGCGUGGUGCUGCCGCCGGCUGAGGCAGGGGCAGGCGAGUAGGUGCCGCGGUUCCGUCAUGUACCAGCGCAGCCGGGCCGUGGCCGUGGCAGGCCGCCUGCGCCCCGCCGUCGGAGUCCGGGGCUGGGCCUGGGGCGUGGGCGGGCCUCGCUGGGGCCAGGCCGAGGCGCUCGGCUGCUGCGGGCGGGCGCGGCACCAGGACCCGGCCCCCCGCGGGGGCGCAGCCUGCAGGGCUCUGGGCAGCCCCCGGCCCCCGGCUGUGAAGUACCACUCGUUGCUGGUGGGGCGCCGCGUGGAAGCUGCCGGCUUCCCCUUCCUGCCGGCCCCCGAGCGCGAGGAGGCGGCCGCGACGGCACCGGAGCAGAAGCGGAGCCGGAGCCUGCUGCCGCCCAGGUUGAAGCAGAGGCGGUGCCUAUGGCCAGCCACCGCCUGCCUGCUACAGGGCCUGGAGGGCCCCGUCACCAUGGUGGAUGGGCGGCGGGAGGAUGACAUUGCUGUGCGUGACGACGAGGGCCUGGAUGGCCUGUCCCUGGACUCUCUGCGCAGCCUGUUUGACAGCCGGCCCUGCAGGAUACCUUACCAGGCCUUCGAAGCCUCCGUGCUCCUGGUGCCCUUCCAGGCUGCUCCUGGCCCAGCUCCUGGCGCUGCCACCAGUGGCUCGCCCAAGAGCAGUGACCCCAGCAUGGAGGAGCACUUGGCCAUCAUGUACGAGAGGCUGCACCACGAGUUGCCCAACUUCUUCUUGAAGAAACAAAACUAUCAAAUCUACUCUGAAGAUGUGGAGUUCAUCAACGAGAUCCUGCACAUGAGAACACGGGGACGAAUCAUCUAUCAGCUGUUGCUGAUUUUAUGCCGCUUCGUGGCCUGGAACUACUUUGCCAACCUGCGGAUGGAGGUGCUGAAGCUGACUCAGCACCCAGAGAACUGGAGUAUCCAGGCCCGAUGGCGUAUCACGGGGCUACCCUUUCAUAUUUUCAUGCUGCACUUCUACAAGAAGGACAAGAAGGAGCUGUACAGGACCUAUGAUGCCUAUUCCACUUUCUUCUUGAAUUCCCAAGGUCUGAUCCGUUGUCACAAGAUAGAUAAGUUGAUGCCGUCCCAGCCACCCCUGAACAAGGUGAAGAAGCUACUCGUAACAGCUCUGGUGGCCCUGGGCCUAUCUGAACACAAACCGUCCCUACAGCUGCUCUUAUCUGCUUUGGCUGGCAAACAGCAGAGCUAGAAUGGACUACAGAGAUAGUUGAGCCUUCCACCCCUGCCUAGCCAAGCAGUGGCUUCAUCAGUCCAGCCUCCUGUUUUGAUGGAAAUCGGGUUUGGGGUGGAUAGUGUUGUGACUCAUUGUGAGUUGAUGUUGCCUCUGCACAGUACCCAGGCAGAAAGGGCCUAGGGUACAGGCUCUGCUGCAUGGAUUGUGCUCCCCCUGCCUUGUUAAUGCAGCCCCCACCCUACUGAGCACUGUAAAGAACAAUUGUAAUUUAAUUGUACAUAAUAAAACAGUAUGGUAAGAA